UUAUACAUUUGAACAUACUGAGAGCAUAUUGACAUAUUGUGUCAUAUAUAGCAAGAUAUGUCUCUCUCUCUUUUUUAACUGGUUUUGACAAGGUCAUAAAAAGGUUUUAGAUUUACCUUCAUAAAACCUGGAGAAUGGAGAAUGACUGUUACCAAAAAAGAGAACCAUAUUUGUAUACAAUAAUUAAGACCCGUUUAAACCCAUUCCUUUUAUUUGUCUCAGUUGCUUCUACUACAGGUCCCUCUGCGUGCUACAACCAGUCUCCAGCAUAUCCUCAGAUUUCAUCCAAAACGACUGAUCUCAUAACUCCUUCUACAGCAAAGCUGAAACCUGUAGAGGAACUCAAAGGCUCUGCUCCAGUGGCUCCUCCAGCCAAAUUGUUUUCUAUUGGACUGUCUGGAGAUUCUGCUAAGAACACCGAGAGCACUGAUGUCAGCUUGAAGGGCUUCACAUCCGGAUCUCAAAAACCAGGUUCUUUUGGGUUUGGAUUGAAGGAUGCUGUGGUGACAUCUGCUGGCCCUGUAGCUCAGGCUGAGAAGAAAACAAUUCAGGCUGAUGCACCACAACAUAAGAAAGUGUCAGCAGCUCCAGCGGUCCCAUGUGACACUGCCCCCUGCAGCACUGAAAAAAGUCAUGCAGGAGGGUUAUUUUUGGCUAAAAAAGAUGGACAGAGGGAUGGUGACACUUGCCUAGGAGGAAAUAAGGCUACAUCUAGCCACAGCAUUUUGUGUCAGACGGCAAAACCAAGAAUGAAAAACAAGACUUCUGCUGCUCCGUCAAGUUCCUCUUUUACCUCCGGUUUUAGUAGUUCUGUCUGCCAACCUGCUGCGACAGCAUUUAAAGCCAAUCCAGGCAAUGCUUUUCAGUUCAGUACAAGAACUGAUAAAGCAUCCUCAGAAGGCUUCAAGAUUGAGUCUUCUACAACUGAGGCUGAAAAGUCAUCAAGCCGUUCAAAUGUUUCAUUUUCCAUGCCAGUGUCCGUUGGUGCAUUCAGCUCAGCUACUGCAAAAUCUGAGGCAGAAACAUCAGACAAACAGUCUCAAAAUGGAUCUACAUCAGACCUCCUCAAAAAUGUUGCUGAAGUUCACAAAGAGGAAGUAGAUGCUUGCGCUCACGAUAUUGAUGAAGGCUCUGAAAGUGCAGUGAGGAAUCUGAAGGGAAAGCCGGAUGUGGAUGGAGCCGAUGGAGCGUCUGAUCAUGGUAGGUUGCUCUUGUGA